AUGAUCAUUUUGUUUAAUUAGAUUACUCGGAAAUUGAACAGUUUUAUUAUUUUUGGUCAAUUUGCAAUAAAAUCUAGGGUAAUAUUCGUAAAAGGGCCUACGAAAUUUUUCGCGAUGACCGGAUUGCGGCCAUAAUGUAACAAGUUGUCAAAAAACGAACGUAACCUCAAAUUCGCACAUGUCUUGAACAGUAAAUUUGGCCCAAAAAAUGGAUUUGUUUGUGAUAAAUCGUCACGGCGACUCCAAGCCGGAAGUGACGGCCGAGGAGGAAACCGCCAAACUCGCCACAGUCCUCAAACGAAUCGAACGCAAGAAGCAGCAGCGUAUCCGCCAGCGAGAGCGCGAACGUGAAAAGCGCCAGACCCCGAAAAAAAACCCGAAACAAAAAACCACAGUCCCCAGACGCCCGCCUAAAACCCCAGAAGCAGACGAAUUCAUCGAACCUCAACCGAAACUUAAACGGCCCCCAGAUCUGAACAGUUUCACAAUUCUGGGGGCCUCAACAGCGGCGAAAAAACCGAAAGCUGACCGGGUUUUGCCCCAGUGGCUCGCCCACCCCACUGUGAUAUCGUCAGACUUGCAGGAAUUGACCUGUAAAGUGUCCAAGUUGAAGGAGUUGGAUAAGGGGCUCAGGGAGCAAUUGAAAGCCAACGGGGUCAAGUAUUUGUUUCCGGUGCAGGCGGAAGUGAUCCCGUGGGUGUUGCAAUCGCGCCAAAAUGCCGAUAUCAUGUUCCCGAGGGACGUGUGCGUGAGUGCGCCUACCGGAAGUGGGAAAACUCUCGCGUUCGUUUUGCCAGUGGUUCAGACUUUGAAACAGUUCACUGUGAGGAAAAUCAGGGCUUUGGUGAUUUUGCCGACGCAAGAUUUGGCCGAACAAGUGUUUAAAAGCUUCAAGUUGUACACGCAAGGGACGCGAAUCGAAGUGGGCCUGGUCUCAGGCAAACAAAUGUUUCAAGCUGAGCAAAAACAAUUGGUUUAUUUCAACGAGUGCUUUGGUUUUGUGAGCAAAAUUGACAUUCUUGUAUGCACGGCUGGUCGGUUAGUGAACCAUUUAAAAUCGACCAAUGGUUUUAAUUUACAAGCGCUCGAAUUUUUGAUAAUUGACGAAGCUGAUCGUGUUUUGGAAAGUGUUCAAGACGAUUGGUUGUAUCAUUUGGAGAAACACAUUUACACGAUUCAAAACAGGAAAGUUUUAAAUGUGUGUACUUUACAGAGACAAAGGGCGCCUCAGAAACUCCUCUUUUCGGCGACUUUGACCCAAGACCCCGAAAAAAUCGAAAAAUUAUCACUUUUCCAACCGAAGCUUUUCACUUCAUCGGUCGUGGAAAACUACAACGAAAGUGAGGAAAAACCCAUGAUUUUGACCGGAAAAUACACAACACCGAAAGAAUUAACGGAGAAAUACAUCGUCUGUUCUAAAGACGUCAAACCACUCGUUUUGUACGCGUUCCUCAAACGUGAAAAUUUGACUAAAACUUUGGUUUUUACUCAUUCAGUCGAAAGUGCCCACAGGCUUAAAAUCCUCCUUAAAUCACUCUUUAAAAAACGGUUAAAAAUCGAGGAAAUUUCCUCAAAUUUGAAGGGGAAAAGCCGAGAUGAAUUUAUUUCAAGUUUUACAAAAGGUGAAGUUGAUUUAUUGAUUUGUACAGAUUUUUUGGCUCGAGGGAUUGACUUGCCGGGGGUUAAUUGCGUGAUUUCUUAUUCAGCCCCCAAAUAUUUGAAAACGUACAUACACAGAGCCGGGAGGACAGCUAGGGCGGGUGAAUCGGGGUUGGCUGUGACGCUACUACAUGAGGAACAAGUGCCGGCGUUUAAAACCUUGUUGAAGAAAGAAAUUGAGGAGGUUGAGGUUGGGGUUGAAGAAUUGGAGGGGUUGAGUGAAAAAUAUAAGAAGGCGUUAGGGAAGCUCAAGGAGGCGGUUAACGAGGAGCAAAAAGUGGGGAUGGAGAGUGUUUUGUCCAAGAAAAAGGCUUUGAAGAAGCUCAAGAAAAAGGUUAUUAAUUCGGUUAAAUAGCAAUUGUUUUGGAGUAAUAAAAUAUUUUUUGUU